CUUUUAUCUAUUAAAAAAUAAGCAAAAAGUUGAUGAACAAAUCUUGCUUCAAAUGGUUGUCUCACUCCCACGAACCAUAUCUAUACGCACCCGGGUUUUAUUUACAAACCCCAUCUGCUAAACCUCUCUUCACUAUCACGAAUUACAGGAGCUUCUUGUUACUAUUGAGGCUUUGAUAACAUGAUUUCGCCAUAGCUCUGCACAUCCAGAGUUCGUACUUCAUAAUUUUCAGUCUGUUGCAUUAUUUAUUUUUAUGUUAGUUCCUAAAAAAUAAAGUUAAAUGCCUCUCAUACUAUCUUCCUCCUUCAUGCCCCCCUGUUCUUUUGUUGAUACUGUCAAGGAACCCCAUAUUAUAUUCCCACAACCAUCAUUAUCACAUCCACAUCACAAUUCUAUCCACUGUAACAUUCUUCGAAAAUGCUUAUUUCCUAAUAACCACAUAUCCAUGAUUCUAAAACACAAAGCACCCAUGAAACUCAUAGCAAGAGAAUCCUCCAUGAACUCCAGUUAUGAACUCUUCAGUGAUGAAAACAGUAUGGAAGAUGAUUGGAUAGAUCAAGGAGAAGGAGAUGACUCCAUGGAUUCACCUUGGGAAGGGGCGAUUUUGUACCAGAGAAACCCUUCAAUCUCCCACAUUGAGUAUUGCACAACCUUAGAAAGAUUAGGAUUAGGACAUCUGUCUACUGAUGUGUCAAGAUCUCGAGCUUCUUUAAUGGGAUUACGUGUCACAAAGUCAGUGAAGGAUUAUCCACAUGGAACACCUGUCUUGAUAUCCAUGGAUGUUACCAGAAAGAAGCACAACUUAAAGCUUGAUGGGAUCAUACGUACAGUCUUAACUCUUGGAUGCAACAGGUGUGGUGGAUCUGCUGCUGAUUGUGUGUUCUCUAAUUUCUCAAUUGUACUAAGUGAAGAGCCAAUAGAAGAGCCUGAAACAAUUAACAUGGGAGUAAUUUAUGGUCAAAGUAAGGUCAAUGGAACUGAAGAAGAAGAAGAAGAAGAUGAUUUAGCAUCUGUUGACUUAGAUGACUGGUUGUAUUUCCCUCCUGAAGAGAAAGUGAUAGACAUAUCAAAGAAUGUAAGAGACAUGGUGCAUCUGGAAAUAAAGAUCAAUGCCAUAUGUGAUCCGAUGUGUAAAGGUUUGUGUCUAAAAUGUGGUCAAAAUUUGAAUACAAGUAGCUGUAAUUGUAGUCAACAGGAAUCAAAGGCCAAAAGUUAUGGGCCUCUUGGAGGCCUAAAAGAGAAAAUGCAACAAUAGGGAGAGUGGGCAUUAUAUUAUGUGUAUAGAGUCAAAACAGAAGUUUUGUGGAUAAGAAAUUAAGAAGACUGUGUGUGAUACCCUGAAAUUUAAUAUUUUAUUUUGAUUUUGUUUUAACUGUAAACCUUUUAACCUUGUGAAAUCCAGGAUUUCUGUAACUCAGAUGAUCGAAUGGCUAGUUAAUUUCAAUA